CCUCUUUUGCGAGCGGACCUCCCAUUUUCCCCCCAGGCAGUCCAAAUUGCAAAAUAUCUUGGCUAUUCUGGAUUUUCUGGGAUUUGGAUCUCCUCCUUGUUUCACAGCCUCAACCAAGCAAGCAAGCUCGGCGGAUGAGGAAAGGCAGCUCAAAGGAAAAGAGGCUUGAGUUUUUUGCGCUGUUAAGACAGGUGUGACUGAUCGAGAGUGAAAAAGAUCUGGGAUACAGGCAGCAUUGAUACCAUGGCUCAAAGUGCCCCCUGGUCGGCAUUGCUGCUCCUGCUGGUUUUGCUGGGACCUAUGCCAGCUUUGACCCAAAGGGAAAGCCGUCAUGACAAGUUCCUCCGGCAGCACGUCGACUUCCCCAAGACCAACAGUGAGCUGGAUGCUCGGCGCUACUGCAACCUGAUGAUGCAAAGACGUGGGAUGACUGCCACAGUUUGCAAACCCUCCAACACCUUCAUCCAUGGAGCACACUCGGAGGUAGAUGCCAUCUGCAGUAAUGGAGGGACCUACUACAGUGAGAAUUACUAUGACAGCACCACCUCCUUUCCCAUCACUGCUUGCCGCAUUGCUGGAGGUUCCCAGGGUCCCCCGUGUAACUACCGAGGCAGAAUUACCACUCAGCGCGUUCGGGUGGCUUGUAUUAAUGGGGAGCCGGUUCACUUCAAAGCUCCUCUUUAGGAGGGAGUAUCUGUGGAAUCACUGUUUACCCAUGUGAUCAGUUUGGGAUACUACAUUUAAAGCCAAUUUAGACUUACUUUCCAUACAUACUCUUAGUACAUGUGCACAUUUCAGUUGUAUUUUGGUACUGCCAAAUUAUCACUUCUCUCUCUAGCAAAUUACAUGCUUUCUCAUGCUUGUUCUUUGGUGAUUUGUGCCAUCAAAUGCUGUUACAUCAAGUAAUGUAAGAGUUACCUAUUGGGUAUCUUUUUUUAAAUGUCAACCUCACUUCACUUCCAAGAUAAAUUCAUCCUUUAACUAGUAUAUAUAUUUCCCAGCUCCCAGAGAACUCAGGUAUAAGGCAGGCAAAGGUAAAGGGAAUUGAUUGCUCAUUAAGAAUUGAUAGUAUACACAACAAAUUAUAGUAGUUCCAUGAACUUGAGGAAAAAAACUAUGAUACGGAAGGUGAUUUUUUGCGUGGGUCAGGAGCGACUUGAGAAACUGCAAGUCGCUUCUGGUGUGAGAGAAUUGGCCGUCUUCAAGGACACUACCCAGGGGACACCCGGAUGUUGUUUUUCUGCCUGAGCAACAGAUGUUUUGAUGUUUUACCAUCCUUGUGGGAGGCUUCUCUUAUGUCCCCGCAUGGGAAGCUGAAGCUGUCAGAGGGAGCUCAACCUGCUCUCCCCAGAUUAGAACCACUGAUCUUUGGGUCUUCACAAGGGUUUAACCCAUUGCGCCAUCGGGGACUCCUCUCACUGAAAGUGAUAUAAACCAUUUACAAAUUUGUGGGUUGCUGUGAGUUUUUUGGGCUGUAUGGCCAUUAAAAACACCAGAAUCAAAACAGUAAAUAAAGAAUACCACUGAGAAAGAGGAUAACUCCACACAACAAGCAAUCAAAGGGUAAUUAAUAAAUAAUAAUAAAACCUUAUUUGUAUACAGCCCUAUCUCCCCGAAGAAACUCAGGGCGGUUUCCAACAUAUAAGGCAAAACAUUCAAUUGCCAAUAAGAAUAUCAUACAAACAGAUUAAAAAAAAUCAUAAACUCAAAAAUCCUGCUAAAACACAACAAUAAAAAAAUUAACCAGUUGCAAUUAUAACUCCAUCAGAUAAGGUCAUCAAAACCUAUGGCCAGGACUACAGAAUGGGCAUGUCAACUAUCAUAGGGCUGAGCAAGGGACAGUUAACACAUCUCAAACAAAGGAUGCCCCCAGGCAGCAACAGCCAGAAUUUGCAGCUGCAAGGCUACUCAAUGCUAAUCAUGCUGGCUAUCUGCAACAUUCACACUUGCUUCAAAGAAAGAGUUCUUUCUUCCACCCUAGACACACUAUAGAUAUAUAUACACCCCACUUGCCUCAUUCCCACAGACCUCUGAAAAAACUUCUGAAGAUAUAGGUGAAAUGUCAGGAGAUAAUGCUACUGGAACAUGGCCAUACAGCCCAAAAAACCAUGAAAGACUAUGAAAGCUUUCAACAUUAUAUUUACAAAUUUGUUUACUUCUCUACUAAAAACACAAAUGAUUUCCAUUUGGAAUAUCGGGCUGUUUUUUGUUUCUUCUAGUAGUAACAUGAUGUCACGGCUAUGUGAUUGGGCAAAAGAUAUAUGUUCAUUUUGUGAAGAAACAGAGAUGAACUGAAUUUCUAGUGUUGCAGCAGAUAGGAGAGAUAAUACCAAAAGAGAUCCUUUUCGGAGAAAGAAAAGUACGGCUUUAUUUCCAUCUGGGACUCUGGAGUGGAGCUGUGUCCAAAAGCAACCAGAGUGAGGAUAAAGGCAUUGAUUGUGCCUUUUAUACCUCUACAAAUGCAGGCAAACAAAGAAACAUGCCUCUACAUACAUUGACAUCAUUCAAUGCAUCACUUUAGCAUAAUAGAAAUAUCAAAUUAUAUCUUCCAACAUACAAGAGGCAUGUCUAUAUUUUUUCUAAAGAGCAGUUUACAGCUUACAUCCAUCAAUCAAGGGGACUACUUUGACCCGUCAGGAGGGAAGGUGAUGGGCUCCUUACUUUUUACUUAUCUCUGUUGGUACUAGGGCGGGCUUAUCUCCCCCCUUCCUUGAAUGUUCAUCCCCCUCCUGGCCGUGCCUUGGAGACAGAUCUCCUUUAACAUUCUUUCUAAUACAGAAAGAGAACCUGAUUUUUCUAUACAUUUCAGUGCUUGUAAAGUACAUACAUUUAUGUAUAAAUAAAUCUCUAUAUUUCCAAUAUCUCCCCAUCACUAGGAGAUACUAUUUGCUAAU